CAAAGAGGAGGAAGAGAGACGUUACAUUCAAGUGCACAGGUCAAUGUUAUGUACACAAAUAAUGGGAUUAUAUUUAUCCAGCAUUAUUAUAGAGCCCUCAAACCCUUUAGAUACUUUCUAUUAACCGCCAUAUUUGUGUUUUGAGGCUUCUUUGCUCCGUUUUCUUGUAUAUCUAUGCAGAACCGUGUUUAUAAUCUCUGUUUCCAGCAUAUGAAGUAGGUCAUUGCUGUUGGCAUGUUUCUGGUGGGGUUAACCGGAGGCAUCGCCUCAGGGAAGAGCACAGUGUCUUCUCAGCUGAAAGAACUGGGCUGUCCCGUCAUCGAUGCAGAUGUGGUGGCCCGGAAAGUGGUGGAGCCCCAAAGCCCAGCGUUCAGACUGAUCGAGCAGCAUUUUGGACGUGAAAUUUUGUUAGACAAUGGCGAGAUUGACAGACAGAAACUGGGGCAGAUCAUCUUCUCCAGCCCCGAGAAACGAAAACUUCUCAACUCCAUCACACACCCAGAAAUACAUAAAGAAAUGUUCAAACAAAUACUGCUGUACUUCCUUAAAGGCUACAGAUAUGUGAUUUUGGAUGUGCCGCUGCUUUUCGAAACACGACGUCUCACCCGUUUCCUAACCCACACUGUUGUUGUAUACUGUGACCCGGCGACGCAGCUGUCCCGUCUCAUGCAGAGGGACGGUUUGAGUCAGGAGGAGGCUGAACAGAGGAUCGGCGCUCAGAUGCCCCUCAAAGAGAAGCGUGGACUCGCCAGUCACGUGAUCGAGAACUCGGGCUCUCGCGAGGACACUCACAGACAGGUGCUGCGGCUGCACACCAAGCUCGAGGACUCCAUGGAGUUCCUGGUCGUCAGGGCCGUCGCCGUGGCAGCCGUCGCCGGGCUCGGCGGUCUGUUUUUAUGUACAGUCAGACUGCUGGUCUCUUAGCAAACGUACAGAAGUGCUUCCAAUGGGUCUUAAAGGGAUAGUGCACCCAAAAAUCAACAUUCUGUCAACAUUUACUCAUUAUAUGUGGUUUUCUUUCUUCUGUGGAAUACAUUUUGACAGUGAACAACAUUGGAAACCAUUAACUCUCAGUGUGUGGACAGAAAAAUCCCAAAAUAUUUAUUUUUAAUGUUCCACAGAAGAAAGUAAAGUCAUAUAGGUUUGU